CUUAGAUUUCAAACUGGUUAUAAGCUACGAGGGUGUCUCUGGACCUGAUUCCUCAAACCUUAUCGGAAGACAGUUUGUUUGGUUUUCUUUUUUUGUGUGUAUCAAGUUUUAAGCCAAGAAACCAGCGAUCCUGCUAUGGCCAAAGGAGAAGGAGGUGAACAAUACUCCAGCGCUAGUUUAUUGAACAAACCGGUCUGUUCGGAUGGGAUCAAGCUUGCCAGGAAGCAUGAGCACAGGAACAGGUUGUCAAUCUGCAACAAGAUAAGCUAUGCCAUUGGUGGAGCACCCUACCAGAUCACAGGAUGUGCUCUGGGCUUCUUUCUGCAGAUUUAUCUACUGGAUGUAGCUCAGCUGGAUCCCUUCUAUGCCUCCAUCAUCUUGUUCGUGGGUCGAGCAUGGGACGCAGUGACCGACCCCACAGUGGGAUUCCUGGUCUCCCGAAGCCCGUGGACACGUUUCGGGCGCAUGCUGCCCUGGAUCCUGCUCUCAACCCCUCUGGCUGUUAUUUCCUAUUUCCUCAUAUGGUAUGUUCCUCCCUUUGAGGAUGGCAAAGUCAUCUGGUACCUUUUCUUCUACUGCCUCUUCCAGAGCCUCCAAACUUGCUUCCACGUGCCAUACUCUGCCCUCACCAUGUUCAUCAGCUCAGAGCAGAAAGAGAGAGACUCAGCCACUGCAUACAGGAUGACGGUGGAGGUUCUGGGCACUGUGCUCGGUACAGCUAUCCAAGGGCAGAUAGUAGGCAUGGCCAACGCGCCCUGCCUCCCAGGACCCGGUGACAUCGUGGCGGACCUGAACAUCUCGGCCAACUCUGUUGGUCUCAAUGACUCUGCACCUGUCAUUUCCCUGGAGCACACGAGAAAAGCCUACAUGAUUGCCUCCGGUAUCAUCUGCUCGAUCUACGUCCUUUGUGCUCUUAUCCUUUUCUUUGGUGUGAGAGAGCAAAAAGAGUCUUUCCAUCCCAGGUCAGAGCCCAUGUCUUUCUUCCAGGGAAUUAGGCUGGUGAUGGGACACGGACCGUACGCCAAACUGGUCAUGGUCUUCCUGUUUACCUCAUUGGCUUUCAUGCUCCUGGAGGGAAACUUUGCUCUAUUCUGCAGCACCACGCUGGGCUUUAGGAACGACUUCCAGAAUAUUCUGCUGGUCAUCAUGCUUUCCGCUACCCUGGCCAUCCCCUUCUGGCAGUGGUUCCUCACUCGCUUUGGGAAAAAGACUGCGGUUUAUGCUGGCACCUUGGCUGUGGUUCCCUUCAUGAUCCUGGUGGUGUGUCUGAAGAGUAACCUGAUUGUUACUUACAUUGUCUCCUUUGCUUCUGGGGUCGGAGUGGCCGCGGCCUUCCUGCUGCCCUGGUCCAUGUUGCCUGAUGCUGUCGACGACUUCCAAGUGCAGAACCCUAACUCCACCGGCCACGAAGCUCUGUUUUAUUCCUUCUACGUUUUCUUCACCAAGUUCGCCUCUGGAGUCUCCCUGGGAAUCUCCACUCUCAGUUUAGAUUUUGCAGGCUACAUCAGUAGAGGCUGCUCUCAACCACAGGAAGUGCAUUUAACCUUGAAACUGCUAGUGUCUGCCGCCCCCAUAGCCCUUAUCAUUAUCGGCCUUUUCAUUUUGUACUCUUACCCAAUCGAUGAGGAGAGGAGGCAAGGCAACCGCAAACUGCUACAGGAACAGAGGGACAACGAGACCGAUUCAGAAACAGACUCGACAGAGCUGGCCAACGUGGUCUAGGAUGUUUUAGAAGACCCACGGACCAAUGGGGUGAUCGACUGGCAUUUUGCACUGGGGCAGGACCAACGGACUUGGGCUUGUUGGAUCAUACAGACAUUGCCUUGUCCAAUCACACUGCUGCUGUUCCACGUCAUGAAAUUUACUUUUACGCUUUUGUUCAGUCUGAUCUCAAAAGCCUUACUUUUUGUAUAUCAUACAACUUCUGAGUACGGUGGACGAAACGUUUUUUAAAGGUUGGUCUCGAACCUCAGUUUAAACUGCACAAAACCAUGAUGGUGAUUGUGCUUUGUCGGUGUUGCCAUUAUUGGUGCUACUCGCUGGAACUGAACAGUUUGCAUCCUCUUACAUGUAACAACCAACAUUAAUGACCUUAAGCACUGCGCUACAACAACUUCAUAGCUAAGAGAUGUAAACAUUGUAAGAAACUUGAACAAACAGCGAUGACGCCUUAAUCUCAGCCCUGUUUUGGGGUUAAAAAUCCAAAACUGAUACUUGUGUCAGUCCUGAGUCAUUGACUUGUUGUGUAUUUUGAACAUGUUUAAAUGUUUUCUUGUGUAAUUAUACUGUUUCUCCUCAUAGUUUACAGAAACCAGUCAGCCAGUUUCCAUCUCAUUCCCAUCCCACAUGCUUUUUUUGAAAUAAUGGUCAGACAGUAACAGCUUUGCUCUGGCUCAUCUGACUUCCACACAAUAACACUGAAACCACUACAUUAGUAAAAGCAUUUAGUUUGCACACAUGACUGCAAUGUCUAUCCAGCAGUUCCGUUAUUUACAUUUCAUUUAUUGAACAGCUACUGUGGAAAAGCUUCUUUCUUUCUGAAUGCUUUCAUUUCCUUAACAUUGAGCAAAACAGUGAUUACAGCCGGUACUAAUUUAGUCAUAUCAUUAUUUAAAUAUUUAUUAGCUUUGAUUUGACAGUUUAUGAAUUGUUCGCUGGAACGUUUCUUGCAGUAUUUAAAAGUAUUUAAAGCCGGUAAGGUUAUUCCAACUAAAUUAAGAAUGAUGAAAAUGGUGUGGGAGUCAAAUUUUAAAACAUUUACACGCCUUUUAAUGCAUGUUUCCAUUGCUACUGUCUUUGCUCCAUAUGCAUUCAAAAAGGGAAGCAUAUAUUAAUUGUAUAAAGAAGAUUGGAAGAUGGGGAAUGAACUUCUUGUAGUACCCCCUUUUUUUGUGUAUGUAUAUAAAUGUGUGUUUACUGAUGAAACCACCGGGAUGCUUUGUGAUCAUCUCAGUCCCUGUCAUUAUAAUGAGAAUUGGCAUAUUUCAUAUCUGUUGAUAUGGAAAUGUGUACACACAGUGUCAUAUGUUAUACAUACUAUUACAACUUCAACAUGUUGUUUCUGACAACUGACUUUUGGAUAUGAAAAUGUUAAUAUUCACUGACUUUAUUCUUUUUUUGAAAUUUUUUUUUCUCAUAAGAUGCUCCUUAUAUCCCUCGUACUGGAUACUGUAUGUGCCAACAUGGUGCCAUUAUCACCCACAAACCCUGUUAUAAUUGUACAUCCUGUAAAUCUCAUCUUGUUUUAUUUUGUCAGCAUUGUGUCUUUUAUGACCCUGUGAACUUCCCUCAUGACUCUUGAGGCUGUAGCCAAAUGUGUGAGCUUUAAUCCCACAGGGAUGCACACAAGCCUUGUGUACAUGCCUCCUGUGCAUAUGUAUAUAUUGUACGUAAACCUGUAAAUAUCCUUAAUAUUUGUGGCUGUGAAUGAAAUGAACCCUUGUACAUUGUACUGUAGUUAUUUAAGGAAAAGGUGUUGAGACUGAAAAAGAUGUUGUUAAUAAACACUAAUUUACAAGUGUACUGUGAA